AGUAAUUAGUAAAAGAUUACUGCAAAUUUAAAAAGAAAAAAUGAAAGAAAAGAUAAUAGAGCGAUGGCAAAAGCAGUGUUAUGCGACGUCGUUCUAAUGAGUCAUACGUCUUCUUGACUUGCGUGGUGCUUAGCAUUUCACGCGGAGAUUGAACAAGGAACCCUUUCUCGCCUGAUGAACCAUAAUCUAUCCUCUUCCGCGCUUGAGUUGGAUCAUCUCUCUGCAACUAGUUCCUAUAGCCAGAGUCCAGAGAGCCACAGAGAGACGUCGCAUAGACAGGAAAUCUUCAAUCUCAGAGUUUGUACUGACUGAUGCUUUGAAGUACUGAAAUUAUUUCUGCUCGUGCACUGUGAAAUAAUAUGGAUCCUAAUGGUUUCAUUGAUGAGAAGGCUGAAAGUAGACUUUAUAUUGGCAACCUUGACUUGAGAAUAACAGAGGCUGCUCUGCUCAAGAUGUUUUCUCCAUAUGGCAAGAUUGUAUCUGAGGACUUCUUAUGGCAUACCCGUGGACCAAAACGUGGGGAGCCACGGGGCUUUGCUUUUAUCCAGUUUAGCACCAAAGAGGUAAGUUAUCUGCAUCUUUUGACUUUGUAUUUAGGCAAAUUCCUGAUUUCCACAAUUAAAGUGAGCAUGCAGGAAGCUAAAUUGGCCAAGGAGAAAAUGCAUGGGAGAUUAGCUUGUGGCCGCCCUUUGGUUGUUCGCCUUGCCAGUGAGAAAUACUUGGAGGAAGCAGCGCAGGAUUCUUCUAAAACAGUAGGUGAGAUGACCAAAAGAGGCAUUGCUGGUGGCGCUUCGGGACAGAUGAGUCGGAGUGCUAAGAUAGCUGCGAUAAAGACCAAAUUGAAAACCCUGGAAGAGGAGAGCUCUAGUGUGAAGAAGCAGAAGCAAUCUGAUAUCAUUUCUUGUAACAAUAUUGUUGAUCAUUCAUCUGGCAAAAGAUGAUGAAUAAUAAUGCUGAAGAGAAUAUGAACAUUGGAAGUAAUUUCAGAAUCUGUGUAGGAUUGAGCAUCACUGUACCAAAUUUCAGGUUAUUGCUGUUGAUACAAUGAUAUGUUAACCUGCACAAGAAUUCUUUGGCCUGACUUUCCAUGUCCUGAAAUUUGUGGCUUAUGGAAAUGGCUUGUUAACAACAGCCUUGGAUGGUGAAAAUGAAAAUCAGUGGUUUGGAAUUUUUCAUGAAA